UGUGAAUGUCAAAAAAACAUUUUAUAAUAAUUUUCAUUAAUAUUUAAGUGCGCGGUGAAGACCUGUUGGUUAGAAAUAAUUGUGAUAUUUCUCGUUUGAUUAAAAUUUAAAAUAUGUAAUAUUUCCAAUUGUUAGGAAUAUAUAAAAACAAUAAUAGAAUUAUAGAUUAUUUGAUAAUGAAUAACUGAAAUGUAAAGUUAUGCACUAUGCCUGGUGGAAGACGAAAUGCUGCUAGUAGGAAUGGACAAACUAAAUCUCAGAUUGGUUUUUCCCAAUCUGCGAAUAUUGGAAUACGAAGUAAUAGUGGAGAAAGGACAGCUGGAAGUGGAGGAGAUGAUAAAAAGUCAGAAGAACUUUAUGGAAUGAAGAUAUUAGUACCAAAACAUGUACCCGUACCUGUUGUACCUGUUGACAGUCAUUUAACAUUUGAAGCUUUGUCUUUGGUUGUGUCAAUUAUUGCAGCUUCUUUACAAAUGCUUAAUUUAUAUAGAACUGUAUGGUGGUUACCACAUUCUUAUAAUAAUUAUACCAUGAAUUUUUAUUUAAUUGAUCCCUAUCUGCUCAUAUUUAUUGUAACUAUGGUUACAAGACAAUUUAUUUAUUCUCUAUUACAUCGAUUCAUUGAUAUUUCAUCUCCAGUUCGUUGGUUGUCUACUGCUCAAAAAAUUAUGAGAAUAACUUUGUUAAUUAGUGUGAUGAGUAUAUUGUGUUGGUGUCUCUAUCAUAUGGCUGAAAGGCACAAUUCAAUGAAGAUUUUCUACUUGUGCUAUCCAAGUUUAUCUGUGUAUUUUGUGAUGUUUGGUGUAAGUGCAACACCUUUUUUUGAUAUAUCUACAACACCUGUAUACAGUAAAGAUGAAAAGAAGACAAAACUUCUGAUGGAUAAACCUUUACAUAACUGCUCUUUAAAUGCAUCAGCAAUCAGAGCAGAAGUUUCAACCUUAAGAUCUGAUUUCAAUCGUCGUUUGAAACGAGCGUUGUUUGCAUCUUCUAGCAGUGCUUAUGUAUGUGGUAUUGCACCAAUAAUAUUUGUACCUCAAUAUUUACAUUUUAAUGUUUCAUGGGUUGUACAACAUGUUAUUAUGUUUUGGCUUGGAAGGAUAAGUGCUCAUUUCUCUCAAGCUUAUUCAGUUAGGUACUGCGACGUUUUACAUAGAGCAGCAUUGCAUUUGGGGCGAUGGAUCAAAAUUGAAAAUCGUAACAGUCAUACCUAUGCACAAGCAUGGAAUGACUCUAUUUUGUGGCCUCAUGGUUCAAUUGUAAGACACAAUAAGGAAAUUUAUCGUUCAGAAGGUUUAUGUACCGUAGCAGAACCAGGAAAUUCAAAUCACUACAGAUUUUAUGCUUUGUUCAGUAAUCCCACAAUGUUACUUUGUUCAUUAUUGGGGUUACAGCUCCUUCUUGUGUGCGUGCAAUUGUUAAUUUUAUUACGCACAACCGACUGGUAUCAAAUAUUGUCAAUAACAUUACUUCUUGUGAUCAACUAUUAUACUUUGUUUAAAGUAACUAGAGAUUAUCUUAUUUGUUGGAAAGUGUAUCACGCCGAGCAAAUAAUACAAGGAAAAUCUCAAGUGACUGUAAAUCCUGCUAUUCAAUAAAUAAUCAGUAAAAAUAA